UUUACAUUUAUCCCGAUCAGGUUGUACCAGAUAUUCCACAUUCGUUAAUCUUCAAUACAUUCAUUUCGAUUGGUAGAAUAUUGUGGAAUCCACGAUUCGUUCAAUGCUUUAGCCGAAUCAGGUCUCACGGAUAUGAUGCGUUUAUUGGACUGGCAAAAGACAUAUAAAUACUUUGGAUGCGCAGUUCAGUGUUCCGUACAGGGGAGUUUGGGCUGUUUCGUUGACAUGGGGAAAUUAAUCGUGUACCUGGAGACUUUGUUUCUCAUGGUCGUUGUUUGUCUAAAUAUGUUAUUUGGUAAAUUUAUGAGUCUUCUUUUUCCUCAAACUCUGAGGAAGAUUGUGUUGAAAGCUGGUUUGAAAAGCACCAUGACUCAAAAUCCAAAAUUUAAAUAUGAAGAUUGGGGACCAACAAUUUUCACUAUGGAGUUCGUGAAGACCACGUUUAAACAUCUAUUAGUGAAUAUGGGAGAUGAGGCUUUCAAGGGCGCCUUUGCUCCCAAUACACGAGUCAUUGACUUCGACAACAAAGAACAUAAAGUGCUUGAUUUCUUGAAGGAUAACCGACCACUGGUAUUGAAUUUUGGAAGCUGCUCCUGACCUCCAUUUCUUUUCAAGUUUGAUGAGUUCAAAACACUCGUCAAAGACUUCAACUCUGUAGCUGAUUUCCUCAUUGUCUAUAUUCAGGAGGCACAUGCCACGGAUGGCUGGGCUUUCAAAAACAACGUGGAUAUUAAAAAACAUCAAACACUAAGUGAUCGUUUCAAUGCUGCAAGGAUGUUACUGAAAGAGGAGCCACCCUGUCCAGUGGUUGUAGAUUCUAUGGAUAAUAUGACCAGUGCUAAAUAUGGAGCAAUGCCAGAGAGACUAUAUGUGGUGCUCAAUGGCAAAAUUAUUUACAAGGGUGACAGGGGACCUUGGGGAUACAAUCCAGAAAAAGUACGAUUAAUAUUGCAAAACCAAAGUUAAGCCACUUGCUGGCAGAAUGUCGUACUGUUGUAUUUACAGAGGAAGAUUCUGUGGAAUACGUGAACAAAUGUAACCAUGAACAAGUCAGACUAACUUCCUUUUCCAUAUUUUUGAUGAUUUUCUCAGUUUUUAAAUUGCUACGACUGGGAGCUGAAAAAUUGAAAUAUGGAGGAAAAAUGACUUAGUAUUUGGUUAAUGUUCAGGUUUCAAUACAGAUGGUGCCACUUGUAUGUUUAACCUGUGAAAAAACUUCUGUUGUGCUUGAGGGAUGGGAAUCUGGUGGUGGGAUGUACUUCAUUAACAAUUGUGACUACACUAACAACAUUUUCAUAGAAUGGGACUUGUUUCCUGAAAUUACAUUUGAUUUGGGUAUCCCUGCAUUCCCAUUGCUGAACUAGGGUACUGUUCGAGUCCAAGAAAAUAAGAGCCAGAACGCGAGAAACCUAGAAAAAACGAAGUCAUGCAGCCCUUUGAAUCGGCUCCUUCAUUCAAUACAAUUGUGGCUGAUCCAUUAUCGCAAAAGUUCUCAUCCUCUCCCUAUAUCUUUUGCUGCCUUCUGCAUCCAGAAAUAUAUGCGUCCUCCUUGCAUAUAAUCAAGUGAUUUGGCCUCUACUGUAUCAUAACAAAAUUCACAGAUUCAUCACCCUCAAAUUUCUCCUCGUCACAAUCCUACAUUUUACCCUGUAUCUAAGACAGCGACCCACUGAAUCAAAACACCCCAGCCAGGGGAAUGAUUCUUCCCACAUCCAAUUUGUCUAAUCCUAACGAUUCCCUUGCAUUCCUCUUUAACUCCAAUGACUACAGGCCUAAUAACCUAAUUGUUCUUAACACAAAGAUGUGCCUAUCUGAAAUCAGUCUGGUGAACCUUCACUGCACUCAUUUAUGGCAAGGAUAUCCUUUCUUAGAUAUGGAGACCAAAAUGGAGACCAAAAAUUGGAUACAAUACCUUGGUGUGGUCUCACCCAGGCCUGGUAUAAUUGCAACAAGAUAUCCUUGCUCCUUAAAUCUUCUUUCUUAAGAAGCUCCUUAAAUCUUCUUGCCUAAGGCCGUAACUACUUGCUGCAUCUGCAUUUUUGCUUUUGAUAACUAGAAUACAAGAACACUCCCAUCUCUUUGUACAAUAACACUUCCAAAUCCAACACAAUUUAAAUAAUUGGGUGGUACAGUGGCACAGCGAUAGAGUUGCUGCCUUGCAGCGGAAGAGACCCGGGUUCAAUAAUGACUGUAGGCACUGUCCAGAUGGAGUUUGUACAUUUUCCCUGGGACCACAUGGGUUUUCCUACCGUGCUGUCUGUUAACCAAUUUUCAACCUAUGCCAUUACUCUCAUUAUGAUGCUCUUUCAUUUUACACAAACCUUCAACUUUAUGAAAGGCUUACUGAAAUUCCAUGCACAGUGCAUCCACUGCUUUCUAUUUUCUACUGCAGUUUUUUUUGAGGAUGUAACUCGUGUUUGUCAAAUAUAAUUUUCUUUCCAGAAAUUCAUGUAAACUUUGUCUAAUUGUGUUGAUAUUUUCCAAAUGUUGUAGCAUUUUACCUGAUUCUGAUGUUAAGCUAACUGAAUCUUACUUUCAUAUUUGUUGUCUCUAUCCUUUUUUCCAAUUUUUUCCAUCAUUUAUCAGCCAAGAUUAUUCUGCUUCACUUGACAUUUAAUUAUAAUUAAGAAAUGUAGAAUGUCAGCCACUGCAAGUACAAUGAAUUUAGCUGUACUGUUUAUGAAGAUUACAGCCAAAAUUCUAACUGUAAUCUAAUGUUUUGAAGUGUAGCUAGGAGCAUUUACUUUGGUGGUUGUUUUUUUAAUUCUCAACAAUUAUUCAACUGCAGUUUUGUACAUAGUCAUUGUACCAAACAGAACAUUUAACAUUUUAUCCAAACUCUGUUUCAGAUUUGGUUUUAAGCAAAUUUAAAAUAAAUGUCUUCAAUUUU